UGUGAGGGAAGAGAUUUUGGAACUUCUUUUACUCGUUUCUUGGCGCUGGGCAGGGCUGGGCGGGCGGCGGCGCUGUUCGUCACGGCCAUGGGCUCCAUUGUGACGCGAUUGAUCCUAAUGGUUGUCGGCUAUGCCUAUCCCGCUUACGAGUGCUUCAAAGGCGUCGAAAAGAGCCGUCCAGACAUUGAUGCUCUUCGAUUCUGGUGCCAGUACUGGAUGAUCAUCGCGGUUUUGACGAUAUUUGAGCGCAUCGGGGACACUUUCAUCUCUUGGUUUCCAAUGUACAACGAAGCAAAGGUCGCAUUUAUCAUCUAUCUGUGGUAUCCCAAAACAAAGGGGGCCACCUACAUAUACAUGACGUUCCUGAAACCAUACGUCUCUUUCCACGAGCCAACGAUCGAUCGCCACCUGAACGAGUUGAAGACUCGGGCAGGGGAUUUGGCUUACAAUUACUGGCAGAGAGCUGCGAUGUACGUGCAAGCCAGGUUCUUGGAGCUCCUUCACUACGUGGCUUCGCAAACUCCGAACCCUCCCGUCGUAACUCAGAAUGUGACAACCAGGGAUCAACCUCCUGCUGGUGGCCAGAUUGUCGAAGAAGAGGACUAUCACCUUGUUAAUGAGGCCGAGGCACUGGAGGAGGUCCCAGAGGGUUAUCGCGAGCCACUUGUCAACAGGAGAAGAGCCGCCAAUGUGUGGUGAGACUUUUCCAAGCCUCCUCCUCUCGAAAAAAAAAAACUCGUACAAAUAAGCCAGAGCCUGCGGUGUGAUCGAUCAUACACUUCGUCCCAAUAGAUGGUACGUGUAGAUAGAUUCCAUCUCUCUGUUAUCUAACUCUCGUGCUUCCAGUUUUUCGAAAGGGCAUGUAUAUAUUCAUAUUUGUUGUGGAAGAAGAAGAAGAUAUAGUCUCGAGAGACUUGGCGUGAAAUAAAA